UUUUUAGCAGAAACCUGUCCAGUUAUGUAGCUAUAUAUCACAAGGGAAAAAAAUACUCUAUGUCAACAGUUUAUAUGCAUUUGAAAUGUGAAAGGUUAUAUGUGAAGACGAUAGAAAGAUGUCUAAACCAGAACUAUGGAUAUGAUUCAAUGGUUAACUUAUUUCCUAAAUGAAUGAGAAAGGAAACAGGUUGCUGCAAGCUUCUGCUCUCACUUCCUUAUGAGAGAAGACACAGACACUGUCCCAGAAAGAACCAGGCCAUUGUGCACGCUCGUCUCAGGCAAUCAUGGGUAACUGGGUGGAGAAUGAAGGACUGUCCAUCUUCGUCGUUCUUGUGUGGCUGGGCUUGAAUGUCUUCCUCUUUUGGUGGUACUACCUUGCCUAUGAUAUCCCACCAAAAUUCUUCUACACCAGAGUACUCCUUGGCCGUGCUUUGGCUCUGGCAAGGGCCCCUGCAGCUUGUCUGAAUUUCAAUUGCAUGCUGAUUCUGCUGCCAGUAUGUCGAAACUUGCUCUCCUUCCUCAGAGGAUCAAGUGCGUGCUGCUCUACCCGUGUCAGACGACAGCUGGACAGGAACCUCACCUUUCACAAAAUGGUGGCAUGGAUGAUUGCCCUUCAUACUGCCAUUCACACCAUUGCACAUUUAUUCAACGUGGAGUGGAGCGUGCAAGCCCGUGUUGAAGAGGAAGGCACUCUGGCAGCUGCACUCUCUAGCCUUGGUGAUAAGCCACAUGAGAGCUAUGUCAACUUUUUUAGAAAAACUAUUGGGAAUCCUGUGGGAGGCCUCUAUGUGGCUUUCACAUACUUGGCUGGUCUCACUGGUGUUGUCAUCACGCUGGCCCUCAUCCUAAUCAUCACAUCAUCCACCAAAACCAUCCGAAGGUCCUAUUUUGAAGUAUUUUGGUACACCCACCAUCUCUUUGUCAUCUUCUUUAUUGGCCUUGUCAUCCAUGGUGCUGGACGUAUUGUACGGGGGCAGACAGAUGAGAGCCUGGAUGAACAUAAUCCAGAGAUUUGCUACAAGAACUUCACUCACUGGGGAAAGAAGGGGGCUUGCCCAAUCCCCAGGUUUUCAGGGAAUCCCCCUAUGACAUGGAAGUGGGUAAUAGGUCCCAUGUUUCUGUACCUGUGUGAGAGGUUGGUGCGGUUGUGGAGGUCACAGCAGAAGGUUGUUAUCACAAAGGUGGUCAUUCAUCCCUUCAAGACAAUUGAGCUCCAGAUGAUGAAGAAGGGCUUCAAGAUGGAAGUUGGGCAAUAUAUUUUUGUCAAAUGCCCAGCAGUGUCUAAACUGGAAUGGCAUCCAUUUACAUUAACCUCUGCUCCAGAAGAGGAUUACUUCAGCAUUCAUGUCCGUAUUGUAGGAGACUGGACAGAGGGCUUGUUCAACGCCUGUGGAUGUGAUAAGCAAGAAUUCCAGGAGGCAUGGAAGUUGCCCAAGAUAGCUGUGGAUGGCCCCUUUGGAACAGCAAGUGAGGAUGUGUUCAGAUAUGAAACUGUUAUGCUUGUUGGAGCUGGAAUAGGGGUCACCCCCUUUGCAUCUGUACUCAAGUCUGUCUGGUACAAAUACUGCCACGAUGCAACCAACCUCAAACUCAAGAAGAUUUAUUUUUACUGGCUUUGCAGGGACACUCAUGCCUUUGAAUGGUUUGCUGACCUCUUGCAGUCUCUGGAGGCUCAAAUGCAGGAGAGGAAUAACGCAGAAUUUCUCAGCUACAACAUCUACCUUACAGGCUGGGAUGAAUCUCAGGCCACUCACUUUGUAGUGCAUCACGAUGAAGAGAAAGAUGUGAUCACAGGCCUUAAACAGAAAACCUUAUAUGGAAGACCUAACUGGGAAAAUGAGUUCAAAACUAUCGCAGGACAGCAUCCUGGCUCCAGAAUAGGUGUUUUUCUCUGUGGACCUGAGGGCCUAGCUGACACACUCAACAAGCAGAGCAUCAGCAACUCAGAAGCUGACCCACGAGGAGUACACUUCAUUUUUAACAAGGAAAAUUUCUAACUCCCAAAGCAUGUGAAAGCCAUUUGAUACAAAGUCUAAAGACUGGAUCUCCUUUUUCUAUUUGGAGUCUGGGGAGGACAGCCCAGCUUCUAAUCUCAGCUACACUAAUGCAAAUCCCUUUGCUUCUUGGGAAUUAUUUUUGGCACCGUGCUAGAUUUAAAGAGUCAAGUUUUACCUUGGGAAAGUUUGCACUGCCCUCCUGGUGCUGUCAGUUUGGUAAAAUUCUGUUUUCUUUGUGUGAUGGGAUUUCUUCCCAACUAACUGCCACUCCUAUUAUUCAUAAUGACUGCUGAAGGCUCUAGGCAGCCAUAUGCAUUUGGGAGCCAAUUCAUACCCAUAAGGCUUAAUGCUAUUACAGAAUAAAGCAUAAUGCUUGCUAUUAGGAAAUCUCCUUCACAUCAGCAUCUUUCAGGCUUCCAAAUACAAACCUAAAUGGUCCAAGAGAUAACACAGGCAGCUGUUCCUCUUCAGGAAAGCAGAGAACUGGAAAUGGACCACCUGGAUUUCUGAGUGCCACCCCUGCCUGGGCUGAUGAGGAUAGAGUCAAACCAAGUCCCAUGGGUUGUGAGCCAUCUCUUGGCUGAUUAUAACACUUUCAAGUGUCACAUCUUUAAAAUCACAGAGCAGCGAGCCAAACAAGAAGAGAUUUUCUGGUUUCAAGACUGCCAUUUCUGAUUCUGAAGGCUGAUAAAACUUGUUGCUAAAUACUGGUAAUUUUCUGAAGCAUUCUUAAGUGCAUACAGUGCUUUUGGCCCUAUUGUUCAUCUGUUCCUCUUUGAUAAUGAAACAGAGAAAGCAAUAAUCACGUGGGCAGUAGCUGGAAUACCUAUGAAUAAAGUUUCUGCUGUGAACAAGACACCCAUGCACAGCACAGUGCUUCUGUGAAUAUAUACAUAUAUAUUAUUUACAUAUAUACAUAGUACUUCUGUACAUACUUCUCUCAGUAUGUACACUACAGAUAAUAGGUUUUUAAAAAGGGAAGGGAAAAACAAAAGAAAGAAAGAGGGAAACCAAAACUUCUAAUACCAACAGCAGAGGAAAGAAAAGCAUUAAAACCAGCAGCAUAGAAAACAAUAAUGGGAAACAAGUGCAAAAAGCCUUGAAAACCCCACACAGUUCAGUCUACUAAACUGUUAGUGACUUCUAAACUCCUCAGCCAAGCCCUGUAAUAGCUCCUACACAGCACAAACCCUUGCUGACACGUUCUUACAGAAGCAAAUGCUAUCUGGCAAUUUCAGACAAGCUUGCAUAGCCAUCUGGUUGCACAUAGCAUAUUUUAAAACUCCACUUGCCAGACAGGAUGUGUUCUCUCUUCACAGCAUUUUAAAUGUUAUCCAGGCACUCCACGCUACUUCAGGACAGCCUCCAAGUUAUUAGUAUCAACUUCUGGCAAAUGCUGGUGGAGAAUUUUUCAGUUCUUUCCCUCAAAAAAAAAAAAAGGGAGAAACCCCAUAUUUAAAUCUACAUCAUUCUGACUGAAGCACACCUAUUAAAUUAGAACAGAGCAUAAGCAGAAUUAUAGGAACUUCUUCUGUGGAACAGAAAAUACUGAUACUGAAAUAUAAUACAGCUCUCAUCCUGUGCAGAAAGCACUGAAAUAUUUACCUUUGCUUUUAAUUAAUGGAUUUUGAAGGCUUUUAUGCAGUUAGCAAGUGGGCAAAGAGGAAUUGCAAGGGGUCUAACAGAGACAGCAUAUUUGUGAAAUGACAGCUUCACGUGAAGUCUUGGAGGUGAUAUAUUUUAAUUCACCCAUUUAUUUUCUAAAUGUUGCCAUGUUUAUUCUUAGAAUUCCAGUGAUCUUUCCUUACUCAAUUGUAAUGACUCUCCUUAACCUCUUGCAUACUUGUACCAGAGGCUGAUUGUCAUCUCAGACUCAGAAAAAUGAAUUCUGUGCUUAUUAAUAAAUCAGUGUCUUCCUGAAACAUACUAAAAAAAAAUAAGCAGAUGAGAACUUUUCUAUUUCUUUCUGGUAUCCUAGGGUACAUUAAGAAGAGUGUGACCAGCAAGUCAAAGGAGGUUCCCCUUCCCCUCUAGUCUGCCCUGUUGAGACCACAUCUGGAGUGUUGUGUCCAGUUCUGGGCUACCCAGGUCAAGAGGAACAGAGAUAUACUAGAGAGAAUCCAAUGGAGGGCUACAAGGAUGAUUAAAGGUCUGGAACAUUUGUCUUAUGAGGAAAGGCUGAGAGACCUGGGGCUGUUUAGCCUGGAAAAAAAAAAAAAGAGAAGGCUAAGAGGGGAUCUUACUAAUGUCUAUAAAUAUCUGAGGGGUGUGUGUGAAGAAGAAGGUGCUAGUCCCUUUUCAAUGGUGCCCUGUGAUAGGACAAGGGACAAUGGAUAGAAACUGGAACACAAGGGAGUUCCAUCUCAACAUGAGGAAAAACUUCUUUACUGUAAAGGUGACACAGCACUGGAAC